AUAUGUAUUAAUAAUAUUAUUUAUCAAAAUAAUUUCUAAAAAUUGUUUAUUUUAUAUGUUUGAAAAUGUAAUUAUCACCGCAAGAUUAAUAAUGUUUGUUUACGUAAAAAACAGCUGAUUUCGUUGAAAAUGUGGUAGUACUUAAUGUAGUGCCAAAAACCACGAAGUUAGAUUCUGCAGCAAAAACCGCCAAAAACAUGCAUCCUGCUUUGCGUAGACCAUCAUACAAUACCAUUAUUAUGGUCAGACAAGGCAUGGCUUUUACCAGGCAUCUCAAACGCAUCUAUAUGGAUAAAGCGGAUAAUAUUAAAUUACCACCAGAGCCUACUACUUGUUGUAUGUCGGGUUGUGCUAAUUGUGUUUGGAUUGAGUACGCGCAAACCAUAUCUAAAAUAUUAGAUGGCAAUAGUGAAAAAGUGAAGGAAAUUGUAUUAAGCAAAAUUACAGAUCCAAAUUUAAAAAUGUUUUUGACUCUUGAACUCAGAAAUCUACAAACGCAAAAUCCUAAAGCAACAGAGAUGCCCAAACAGUCUUAGAUUAAUUCCCUUGUAAUCAACCUGUUCUUAAACUUGCAAUGAUGAUAGUGAUAAAUUAUAUAUUUGUUUAAAAUUUAUA